CAAUUUUCGUGUUUGCUUGAAGACAUUCGUCAAGAUUCUCCUCCAAGCCUCCAAAGUUGGUGCUUGUGCGACCGCGUGUUUGCUUGGUGCUGGUCGCUGCUGCAUUUUCCUCUUUCGACCACCAACCUCCCCUCCACCUUCACUGCGUGUUGUUGUGUGCCGAGAUGAAGCUUGCUGUUUCCGUGCUUGUUGCACUGGCCGUUGUUGCCUCUGUGCAGGCCACUCGCUACUGGUCUACCCCUGAAGGCGACUUCAAGGGCUUCCUUGAUGGCAACGAUGUCACAGGUCUCUGUGGCAAGACCAAGGCCGAGGCCGGCUACUUCACCAUCCAGGGUGGCAAGAACAAGAACUACUUCUACUGGUACUUUCAGAGCAAGAGCAACCCUUCCACUGACCCCGUGAUCCUUUGGAUGACCGGCGGCCCCGGCUGCAGCAGCCAGCUUGCCCUCCUCUUCGAGAACGGCCCUUGCACCGUCAACCAGGAUGGCACUGCCACGAUUGAGAACCCCUUUGGCUGGAACGCCCAGGCCAACAUUAUCUUCGUUGACCAGCCCGCUGGCGUUGGCUUCUCCUACGGCGAUGCCGGCGACGAGGACCACAACGAGGCCAUGGUUGCUGAGGACAUGUACAACUUCCUGCACGAGUUCUUCAACGCCCACGCCGACCUCGCUAACCGCGCUCUGUACAUCUUCGGCGAGUCCUACGGCGGCCACUACGCCCCGGCCACAGCCCACCGCGUUGGCAAGUCGCUGAACCUGCAAGGCCUCGGUGUCGGCAACGGCCUGACGGAUCCGCUCGUGCAGUACGAGUACUACCCGCAGAUGGGCUACGACUGGGCCAAGCAGGUCCUCGGCAAGCCCGUGCUCACGGAGGCGCAGUACAAGCUCAUGAAGUUCCUCUGGCCCACCUGCCAAAAGAAGAUUGCCGCCUGCCAGACGGACACGAGCGCGUGCCCCGGCGCCCAGAUGUACUGCAACGAGGUGAUGAUUGCCCCCUACGAGGCUCACGGCCUCAACCCUUACGACAUCCGCAAGCCCUGUGGCCCCAACCCGCUCUGCUACGACACGCGCAACGUGGACAAGUUCCUCAACACGCCCUCUGUGCAGCGCCAGCUUGGUGUCCCCCCUGGCAUCAAGUGGGAGUCGUGCAACAACACGGUCAACGCCGCGUUCUCCUCGGACUGGAUGAAGAACUUCCAGCAGGACAUCCCCAGCCUCCUCGCCAACGGCACGCGCGUCCUCAUCUACGCCGGCUACAUUUGCAACUGGAUCGGCAACAAGCAGUGGACGCUUGCCCUCGACUGGCCAGGCAAGUCUGCGUUUAACAACGCCCAGGACAACAACUGGAACUUCAACGGCACCACCGCGGGUGUGCUGCGCUCUGCCAACGGCUUCAACUUCCUGCAGGUGCACGCCGCCGGCCACAUGGUGCCCCACGACAAGCCCGAGGUUGCGCUGCACAUGGUCAACCAGUUUGUCACCAACUCGCUCAACUAAGCACCGUCGCCCCUGGCGACGCCUGGUCGUGCCUGCUGUGUUUGUGUGUUGUCGACAACGAGACGUGACUCCGGCUGAACAAGCACGCGCGCGCGUGUUGCACUUGAUGCUGUGUUUUGUUUGUGACCUUUGAUGAUGCGUGGCGUAUCAUGUGUUGCGUGGGAUGAUGUGAUGUGUACGUGAGCCAACUCGUUGUUUGCCUCUGAGCACGCACUCCGCCCCUCGUCGCGCUUGUGUGCUUGCUUGUUUAACCGCUCUCUUGUUGUCGCAUACUCGACCAACUCCUCAACCCACCAACUUUUCGUCGACAGCCUCAGGCCAUCCCCCCCCCCCUUCCUUCUUUGUUUGUUUGUCUUCGUGCUGACACUACCCUUCUCUCCCCCCCCCCCCAAUACUGUCUUGUGUUUUGUUGGAUGGUGUCGCGUUGGGCUGCUUGCUGUAUGUGAAUGCUCUUGCAUGCAAUGCAAUGCCAUUACAGCGCCGCUGCCGGUGUUGUGCUUGCCGGCUCUGUUCGUGUUUUACACCCGACCAGAGACAGCCACACAGCAAGUCAGUGCAGACACCAAUUAAACAGACGACAAAUCACA